AUGAACAGGCAUGUGAACAAAGCCUGCCCAAAUUUGAAGAUGAAAUGUAAGUGGCCUGGGUGUUCUCUUACGAUGUCCAGCUACGAGUACAAGGACAACGCUGCGACGCAUUGUGGGGAAUGUGGUGACAAGCUAGACGGCGUUGGAAACAACAUGGCUCACAUUGUUCAAGAUUGCAAGAAAUUUCAGCCGUUGUGUCCGAUGGGGUGCGGCGACAGACAUGUGUUCAGAGAAUUGAAGACGCAUUUGAAAGCUGGUCAGCUGAGCGCUAUGUCUGCGUCGCAAGAUGGCUGCCGAAUGUUUUGGGUUCCUUGCCCAUCAAGGUACGAUCAGAAGUGCAUUCAAGACCCAAGUGUCUCUUGCACACAAGAACAUCGCUGCACUCCGCAGUGUUCUGCAGCUGGUUUCCAUGUGCACCUCGGACAGGAUUUGAUUGCACAUAUAUCGAAAUGUGUCAAGUUGCAGUGUCCGUUUUCAGAUGGCGGCUGCUCUGCUCCUGAUGCCGCUGGUGGCAUCGUCUACAACGAUGCAUCAAAGCACAUGCAGAAGUGUGAGUUCAUCAAGCUUCCAUGCCCCUUUAGAUGUGACACCUGGAUUCCUGUCAAUGAAGAAGGAAAAGCUGAGCAUCACUUGCUGACAGAGUGCAGCAUGUUCAAGGUCGCCUGCCCAAGAGGGUGUGAAGCAAAGGACGUGGCUUUCAAGGAUUUGUUACCACAUUUGGCAACCCAGUGUCCCAAGAAUGUUGUUUCCUGUAUCAAAGGGUGUGGGGCCGAGCUUCUGAAAAUGGACGAAGCAGCGCAUUUGCAGACUAGCUGUCAGAGAUUCUGGGUGGACUGUGCAACUUGGCGCGACAGCAAGUUUGAGGAGAACAUAGAGACUGAACAAAUUCCAGACAACAGCUGCUACAGGGAUGUCCUGAAAUGCGACGAGGUCCAUCAUGUGACAAAGUUUCACAUUUCAAGUUCCGCGGGUCGGUGUCGUCCACACGACUUUUGCCGCAGGGGCUUGACAGAAGGCAAUUACUUGCCGUUACUCACCGCCAAUUCGUUGGGGAGGCUGGGAAGCCUCAAUCCUGAGAUGAACUUGCUGGCCAAGAUGAACUUUGCCGAAGAGCGGUUGGAGCAGAUAAACUUGGAGACAGAGACAGUGCAGUGCCCUCAGGAAUGUGGGGAGGUUAUCGAUGUGGAUGAAGUGGAGCACCAUUUAAAGUGGACCUGUCCCAGAAAUUGUGUUUCAUGUCCUUUCUGUGAAGUUCGAGAAAUUCCUCUCUGUGAAAUCGCCAAGCACAUUUCGACCCAGUGUGAGAAGGCAUUAGUACAUUGUAGGCAAUGUGGAAAAAGAGAUUUGAGGAGAAUGGAUGAAUGCAAACAUAUAAGCCUUGAUUGCAACCGUGAAAAGGCGUCACAGUGCUAUUUGUGCUUCGAGUCUGUGGAGUACAACGGGAUUGAAGAGCAUCUUAAGUCCAGCUGCACUGAGGCAGCAAGAAGAGUAACAUGCAAAGAGGUGGGCACUUUUUUCCGAACUCCAGGUGAAGGCUGUGAGGAACAGAUGCCAAAGCGAGAUCUACUUCAACAUUGGAUGCGGGAUUGUGAGAGCUGUCUUGUCAGCUGUCCGUUAUGCUCGCAAGAAUCGGAAGAAGGCUCUCGAAUUCGCGGAUCAGACUAUCUCAUUCACUUCUUGUCUUGCACCAAGUUCAAGGUCAAAUGCCCCUAUUGCGCAGAACCAGUUCUUCUCAAGGAAAGUAAAACUUGGACGGAUGCGCUUCUACAGCAUUGCUUUGUGGAUUGCAAGCGGUUUCAUCUUCCUUGUGGAUGGUGUGCUGAGAACGUCAUGUGGCAAGAGACGGCUGAUCAUCUCUGCGGGAAAUGCCAGGAGUUCAUGGCACCAUGCCCAAUGAAAUGCCGCGAAGAUGGCAAGGACAUUGAGGUUGAUGCUGACGACAUGGAGAAGGUGAAGUGGGUGCGCUGGAAAGACUUGCCCUUGCACCUCUUUGGGCCGGAGGGUCCGUCCCAGAUUGUUGGGAAGUGUCCGAAAUACCGAGUCAGAUGUCCAUACGAGGCACAAGCACCUGAAGAACCGCCGAAGUGCACCUUUUCGACAUGCAAAGAAAUGCACGAUUCCAGCAUCGUGGAUGGCCGAAUGCCAAGAUUCCGCUUGCCUCAUCAUUUGGAGCAUGAAUGCGCCGGCAAUGUGAGGAUUUGUAGGAACAAGAACUGGGCCGAAAAGGAAUGUGAGGCAAAAGUGCUGGCCAAAGAUUGGGAGUUUCAUCAAACUGGCUCCCGUGCAGCUGCGGCACAGCCGAUCCAGUCUGAUGACUCUGAUGUGAAACCGUGUCCUCACAGGCUUGAACAGUGCGACAAAUGUAAAGGAAUGGUACCCAAGAGCGAUUUGGAAGACCACAAGAAGACCGCAUGCACCAAAAACAAGGUACGUUGCGAAAACCUGGGAUGCAAAGAGGAAGUGGUUCAGGCAGGACUUGCAUACCAUAAAAAGAAUUGCCUGUAUAGAAAAGUGAAGGCACAUCAAGGGAUUGGCUCCAAGCAUGGGAGCACCAAAAGCGUCAACCACAGACCAGGAGUAAAGCAACAUCCAGGAUAUUAUGAUUUCACGUGGGAGGGUAGCGCGCAAUUUGGGCCCUUCGGCGGCAAGAGGAACAGGUACCACCAGAACAGAUGCACUUCCUGCGACAAAGAUGUGGGCAAGCCUGCCAACUUGUUCAAGGAGCCAGGAUGCAAACAGGUCUGCUCAUUUUGUUCGAAAAUGCAAGGGUCCGAAUCAGAAUCCACGUUUCUCGCGACCGAGUGCUUCGAAGCAUGCAAGCGCUGUCACCUCGAUAUCAAAAAGGUGAUAUUCUGCACGAAGCCGGUUUGCGAGGGUUGCGGAGAACCAGCUCAACCAGGGACAGGUUGUGAACCGAUGCAGUUCUCGGACAUGUCGGCUGAGGCCAAGGGGCUUGGACUCUUUGAAGAGUGUGAUCAAGGGUGA